UGAUUGGAAUUUAGUAUUCAAGUGGGAUUAUAUGACCACAGAAGAGAGAAACAAGAGAAAAGGCAAUGAAAUAGCUCCCAUAAGGACUCCCAUGAUAGCAGGAGGGUUAUUCAGCAUAGAGAGGAAGUGGUUUGAAGAGCUGGGCAAAUAUGACAUGAUGAUGGAUGUCUGGGGAGGAGAGAAUUUAGAAAUAUCAUUUAGAGUAUGGCAGUGCCAUGGUGCUUUGGAAAUCAUUCCCUGCAGUCGUGUUGGCCACGUAUUUAGAAAGCAGCACCCAUAUACCUUCCCUGGUGGAAGUGGAAAUGUGUUUGCUAGAAAUACCAGGAGGGCAGCCGAAGUGUGGAUGGAUGAUUACAAGCAAUUUUAUUAUGCAGCCGUCCCCUCUGCCAAACAUGUGCCAUUUGGGAGUAUUCGCAAUCGUGUGGAGCUCCGGGAAAGAUUGAAGUGCAAGAGCUUUAAAUGGUUUCUUGAAAAUGUGUAUCCAGAGUUGAAGGUUCCUGAUAAGUCUGAUGUCCAGUUUGGUAGUAUAAAGCAAGGUGACCAAUGUAUGGACACGUUAGGACACAGGUCAGGAGAAAGCGUUGGUGUUUACGCCUGUCAUGGCGCUGGAGGGAACCAGGAAUGGGUGCAGACAAAGGAAGGGCGCAUAAAACACCAUGAGUUUUGUCUGACCAUUGGGGAUAAGCCUGGUAGUUUGGUACGGAUGAAGCCCUGUGAUGGAAAUGACAGAAAUCAGCAAUUCAUGAAAUUCAGCAGUAGCAAGAUUCUAAAGCACAUACAAAUGAACUUGUGCAUCGACUCACGGAACCACUCGACCAAGGGACUCACAGCUGAGACGUGUGAUAACAGUUCUGCAUCACAGCUCUGGGAUUUUAUUAUAGACCAAGAAAAGAAGUAGCAUGUAGAGUCUAUUAGCUGAUUAGCUUUGGAGACUUUUUAGAAAAAUAAGAUAACUGACAUUUAAAAAAGUAAUUAAUUGAAACUAAAAUUGUGCAGAUCGAGUGAGGUCUGUGAAGUAUAUAGUGUCUUAUGGGGUUUCAUAUUCUGAAGUGUUCAUUAAAAAAAGACUGGCGUAUUAGGGGAGAUACUACAUGUAUGUCAGCUGUAGAUUUUAUUAUCCAAUCAUACAAUGAACGGAAGUGCUCUCUGCUCAGUUCUUCAGUUGCAAUCUGCAUUAAAAUUUAUAAAAUUCCAGAAAACGUAGCGAUAGUAGCAUAUUUUUAUUCUAGUCAUGGAAUUAUUUAGCUCAUUUUAUUUAUUUUCUUAAUAUAAUAUGUAGUUUUUUUGGACCCUCUUUGUGCAACUUCCAUGCAGUUGUCUUCCUAAUUAACUUUCAGUGGUUUGUUCGGUAAUAAUUUGAGACACAAAACUGACUGUAUUUCAAACUAAGUUGACAUAGAAAUUAAUGUUUUAUGGUUCAGUUUUAUACAUGAUUUUUAUUUCUGUGGACAGCCAUUUUUCUGCCAUUUGUUACUAACCUUUAGCAUUGCUGAUAAUCGAAGAGAGGUUAUCUGAAUCUUUUAUUCUAUAAACUUUUCACACUGAAAUUCUUUCAUGAUCCAUUUGCAGCUGUGCUGCUAGGACAUAUUGAAAACAUCAUCAGAUUUUAAACGUACUUUUUAUUAAUACUUAAAAUUUUUGUAGUAUUGUAAGCACACAAACAUAGUUAAGUGAAAUUACCCAUAAGCAUAUCCCAUUCUUUUAAAGAUCUCAGAAUGUUUUACUGUUUAUUUUCAUUGAAAGGUAUGCUUGUUUAUGACUUUGUUGGUAAAUAUGUUUUAUAUUAAAAAGCAGUAAAAAAGAUUUGAAAAGGGUAAAAGUUUAAAUAACAAUGAAACGUGGGUUUUUCAGUUUCAUUUAGUGACAAUGUUAAACACUGAAUUGACAGAAGUGAUAGAUUUAGUUACUGUGCAUAUGUUCACUUAAGCUUAUCUCUAUCUCUGGUAAUUAGAAAGAAAUUUGCAGUUCUAUGUCAGGCCAAUCUGGAUUCUUGUGUAUUUGAAGCAUUAUGGUAAGAAUGACUUGCAGACUGCAGUAUUAAAUGUAUCAGCACAGUUGAUCUAUAACAAAUUAAUGAGUUAUAGAUACAUGUAAGAGCUCACACACAUUUGCAUUAUUGGCUACGAAGGUUAACAACAAAAUACUGUUUUGUUGGCAAACCUUUGCAUUUGAACCUCAUAGUCUUGGUGGGAAACCAAUUAAACCCCUUCAAUUUAUCCAACAAUGUCUCAGUAGUUAAUUAAACUUUUCUGUGGUAGUGGCAAGUUUGUUUUGUAGUGAGAAUUUGCAAUCAAGCUAUCUAUAUGCGAUUCAACUGAACAUGUACAUGGGUAAUCCUACUGGUGGUGGUUGUGCAUUAUUGAAAACUGCCGUUAUUUGUGGUGAUGGUUAUUUUAAUGGGUUGUCUUUCAAAAUUUCAGAUUUGAUACAGUUAUUGACCAAGCAUUGUAGACAGUAAUUAUUUGUAUUCAUCAGAGGCUCAUGUGAGAUGUAUUAUUACUGUUUGUUUGAACUAAAGUUACACUGUUGUAACUACCUUAUAAUGAGGUUGUGCUUUUUUGCACUGACUUAGCCUCUUAGUGAACAUUUUUAUGUAAUUGGUAUGUGUCUAUUAUGUAUUGACUUUCAGUUUUAUGAUUCAAUUUGAUAAUAUGUAAUCUUUAAAUACAGUUAUUUUAUAAUUUUAACAAAUUCAUUGUAAUAAAAUGUUGAUAUUGAAUAAGUAAAAUAAAGCCAAAAUA